AUGCGCAGCUGCCUCUCCUCUCGCGUCUCCCAUGGGUCAGCCGAUGGUGUGUGCGCAGCGGGGACAGUGGUGGUGAGCCGUCUAAAGAUGGGGGAGAUGGAGGAGGUGGACGUGGACCACAUCACCACAGACACAUCCUCUCAGAAGUGUCCCUUGGUUUGUGAAUCAGCCUCCCAUGUCUGCCUCGAUAGAGAGACCAACCCUUUGUCGGGACCCGUGUUCAAGAACCCGGUGUGUAAGGUGUACAGAUUCCAGACCGCGGACAGCAAGUGGAUGCUGGUGCGGGAACAAAUGGAGGAGUGCACGUUGUCGCUGAGCAUUCCCAGGCAGCUCAUCAGUCUCUACAUUCAGGAAGACAUGCUCCGGGUGAAGGAUCUGGAGGAGCUGGGGGAACUCUCUCCUCAUUGGAACAACCUGAGGAAAGAGGUGAUGAACCGCUACGGAGGCCUCAUCAGCUCUUACCGGGAGACGCUGACAGAGAUGGACAAGAUUACCGGUUCCUUCAAGCCGAGCUGCUGUAAAGCUCAGAAGUCGCUGGAGUUCAUCCCAAUUAACCUGCACACACAGAGGAUGAGGGUGACGUGCCCUCGGAGAACAGAUGCUACCUAUGACAUUAUCACUGUUGGUGCCCCUGCGGCUCACUUCCAGGGAUUCAAGUGCGGGGGCCUUCAACGUCUUUUGAGCAGAUAUGAAGCCGAGAAAAAAAGCUUCAGCACUGCCUACCAGUGUAUCUACUACUCACCAGAGCACACAGCCAAGGCGCAGGAGGUGCUGAGCUCCAUGAGCCUGCUGCAGCCGCUCAUCACAGGGCUGUCGGAACAGCUGCUGCAGGCCGCACAGGACCACUCGUCCCCUGGGCUUCGAGACGCUCUAAAGAACCUCUCAGACAAGACGGAGCAGUUCGUCCACACGCUUAAAGACGAGUUGGUCAAGAGCGCGCUGCUGGCCCUGCACGCCGCACAACCUGGCUUCAGUUCCAAGACCCAGAGGGAUCCAAGCCAAGUCCACCAAGGCUCUGACCACAAUCAGUGCCCUCCACAGACGCUUCCCUCGGGCCAAAGUCCAGCAGAACCUGUCCCAGAGAGCCCCAAAAUGUGCAACAAUGUGGAGGAAUCACAAACCAACACAACCGUGCCCCUCAAGAACCAAGACUCGAUACCACAUCAUAAAGAGUACGACGAGGAGGAAUGGGACAGAGUGUGGGCCAGCGUGGCCAAGUGUCUCAACUGUGUGAUCGCCAUGGUGGACCGGCUCCAGGAGGAGGACAUGAACAAGCAGCAGCCAGCCCCGGAGCAGCAGCUUGCCGACGUCAUCACCUCGCACAACCCGGCAGACUGGAGGGAGCAGCUGAGUCCUCUGGUGAGCCGCUUACAGACCUGUGUGCAGGAGGUGGUGGAAAAGGCCACAAGAGCCAUGACAUUUGUGCUGCUGCAGGAGGCGGCCUGCAGCGUACCCCAGGGCUUCCUGCUCCAGUCGCGCAGGGACGUCGUCUUCAGUCAGGCGCUGGCCGCUCUGGUGUGUGGCUUCAUCAUGAAGCUGUAUGCCGCUGUGCAGGACAAGGCCUUCCUGCAGCAGCUGCAGCUGGUGGGGCUGGUGGCUCAGUUCGAGAGCCUGCUCAGCACCUACAGUGAGGAGAUAGGGAUGCUGGAGGACAUGGAGGUUGGAAUUACAGAUUUGCGCAAAGUGGUGUUCAAGAUCACUGAAGCGAAGUCUGAAGAACUCUGUGACCUCCAACCAUUAGUAUGUGGCCAAAGAGACCACUUUACUGUGGAAGUGCCGUUGCCGUGCCAGGUUUUUCAGACGUUGCCUGAAGAGAUCCGAGAGGGCCAGCCGGUGCAGGUAUACCCCCUGCUUUUCAACGUGGGCAUCAACGAGCAGCAGACCAUAGCAGAGAGAUUUGGAGAUAUCUCAUUGCAAGAACGAAUAAAUCAGAAGAACUUUGAGAUUUUAGAAGCCUAUUAUAAAUUAUUAAGCGAUAAGGUGCCAUUAGAAUGUCUGCCUUCUUUUCAGUCACAUCGCGAUAUAAAGGAAUUACUUGAAACCUUGGGCCAGAAUGUAGUCACGAAGAAGAGGAAGAAUGUGGAGAUCCUCUGGUUAGCCGGGGCGAUCUGCCGGAGGUUGAACGGCGUCAGGUUCACCAGCUGUAAAAGUGCCAAAGACCGGACGUCCAUGUCUGUCACACUAGAGCAAUGUGCCCUACUGCGAGACGAACACCAGCUCAGCAAGGACUUUUUUACCCCUGCUCUCAACUGUAUGCGGAGCCGGCCGACCCUGGGAGACAUUGGGCAGUGGGAGGACCCCGAGGCCGGCUCCGGGACGGGGCCUAAACCAGCGCCGCGUCACUUUUACCCCAUUGCCCUGCUGCUUGUGAGCUCCCACUUACUGGUGGUAGAAGGAUGUCGCAUUGAAAACGUCCAAAAGAACAUUCGCUGCCGGAAGUACGCCUUCAACAUGCUGCAGCUCAUGGCCUUCCCCAAAGCCUACAGGCCACCGGAGGGGACCUACGGGAAAGUGGACUCAUGA